GGACUUUUAUUUUGGCACGUUAGUAUUACGUCAUAAGCCUGCGCCAUCUGUGAUUCUGCUGGAGAGAGAACAGAGUGUCCAAACAUACAGAAAAACUCCUGAUGAAGCGACAGAGAUCCAUGUGACACUAUUAUAAAGAUGGCAUUUAUUAAAGAGGAGAGUGAAGACUUCAAGAUUGGAGAAACAUUCAGAGUCAAACAUGAAGACACUGUGGAACAGACAGACCUGAUGGCACUAAAAGAGGAGAGUCAAGAACUGAAUGAAAUAGAAGAGAAAGACCAGUGUGACAAACAGAAUGAUCUUAUUAAUGAAGAAAAGUCAUUUAGUUGCUCACAGACUGAAUAUACUUCACGAAAAGAAGCAAAUGGAAGUUAUUUGACCUGCCAACAGUGUGGAAAAAGUUUCAACAGAAAAGGACAUCUUAAAGUCCACAUGAGAAUUCACACUGGAGAGAAGCCUCACACCUGCAAAAAGUGUGGAUUAAGUUUCACUCAAGAAGUAAGCCUUAACAGGCACUUUAGAAUUCACACUGAAGAGAAACCUUUUACCUGCCAACAGUGUGGAAAUAGUUUCAGUAGGGAGGGAAGCCUCAAAAGCCACAUGAGAAUUCACACUGGAGAGAAGCCUUACAUAUGCACUCAGUGUGGGAAACGUUUCACUCAAAAAGUACACCUUGAAAGCCACAUGAGAAAUCAUACAGGAGAGAAGCCUUUUACCUGCAAACAGUGUGGAAACAGUUUUAUUCAAAAAGGAAGCCUCGAAAGCCACAUGAGAAUUCACACUGGAGAGAAGCCGUUCACUUGCAAACUGUGUGGAAAUAGUUUCAGUAGGGAGGGAAGCCUCAAAAGCCACAUGAGAAUUCACACCGGAGAGAAGCCUUACAUAUGCCAUCAGUGUGGGAAACGUUUCACUCAAAAAGGACAUCUUGAAAGCCACAUGAAAAGUCACACCGGAGAGAAGCCUUUUACCUGCAAACUGUGUGGAAACAGUUUUAUUCAAAAAGGAAGCCUCGAAAGUCACAUGAGAAUUCACACCGGAGAGAAGCCGUUCACCUGCAAACUGUGUGAAAACAGUUUCAAUCGAAAAGCAAGCCUUAAAAGCCACAUGCGAAUUCACACCGGAGAGCAGCCUUUCACAUGCCCUCAAUGUGGAAAGAGUUUUACACAUAAACCAACUUUUAAUAACCACAUGAGAAUUCACACCGGAGAGAAGCCUUUCUGCUGCCAACUGUGUGGAAAGGGUUUCGUUCGAAAAGCAAGCCUUAAAAACCAUGUGAGGACUCAUACUGGAGAGCAACCUUUCACAUGCCCUCAAUGUGGGAGAGGUUUUACUUAUAAAACAACCUUUAACGCCCACAUGCGAAUUCAUACCGGAGAACAGCCUUACACCUGCCCUAAAUGUGGAAGGAGUUUUAGACAAAAACCAACCUUUAAUGCCCACAUGCGAAUUCAUACUGGAGAGCAGCCUUACACCUGUCCUACAUGUGGAAAGAGUUUUAGACAAAAAACAACUUUUAAUACCCACAUGAGAGUUCACACUGGGGAGAAGCCGUUCACCUGCCAACAGUGUGGAAAGAGUUUCACUGCAAAAGGAAACCUUAAAAAACACAUGAGAGUUCACACUGGAGAAAAGCCUUUCACAGGUGAUUAGUGUGGAAAGAGUUUUGCAUGUAAAGUAAAUCGUGAUUCACGCUUUUCAGUGUAAUAAAAAAAUUAGACCCCAUUUUGUUAAUUUUGUGGGAAGUGUUUAACUUGGCACUAGAACAUUUAGGCUACACUCAUGCCGCAACUGAAGUUAUAGGGAUUGUAGUUGAUCUAUGAUUCGUACUGGCCAGCUGCUCCCCAGAUUGGAACGCAUUGUGAUUUAUGCAGACUGAUCUCAUGAAGUAGCGUGUGUAUGACACGCCAAUUCGUAUUUCCAUUUUUGGCGUGCUAUCAAG